CCCCCCCCCGGCGGGACGGCGAGCGCCGCCCCUCCCCCCUACUCGUACGGCUGGAGCUUCUACUUCGGCGGCGUCUCCUUCAUCCUGGCCGAGGCCAUCGGCGUCCUCGCCGUCAACCUCUACAUCGAGCGCCACCGCAAGGCCCCUCCCCCCCCGCCGCCCGCCCCUCCCCCCCCGCCCCCGCCGCGCGCCGCCCCUCCCCCACCCCCGGCCCUGCCGCGGCCCCCGCCCCCCCGCGCCGCCGCUCGCGCUCGGGCUCGCGCUCCAGCGGCAAGUCACGUGACCCCUCCCCUCCCCCCCCCCCACCCAGCAGCAGCAGCGCGGGAAAUCCGCCUCGUCCUCCCCUCCCCCGCGCACCCCGAGAUCUCCAUGUUCACCCUCAGCCGGCCCGCGGGGGGAGGGGCGGCCGGGGAAGGGCCCCUCCCCCCCGCUGCCGCCCCGCCCCCUCCCCCGGGGGCUCCGCCCCUCCCCCACCCGGCGGGGGGCGCCGCCCGGCACGCCCGGCGCCCCUCCCCCACCCGGCGGGCCCUUCCUGACGCUGCAGGGGGGGGGAGGGGCCGAGACCCCCCGGGGGGGGCACCGGGACCCUCAACAGGAGAACCACGCCCGUCUAGGGGAACAACCCCAAAAUGCCCCGAAAUUCACCCCAAAUUCACCCGAAAUUCACCCCGGGAGUCAUCAGAAAUCAGCCCAAAAUUCAGCCCCAAAAUUCGUCAAAAAUCAGCAAAAAAUACCCCAAAAUUAACCCAAGAUUCAUCCAAAAUUCAGCCGAAAUCAGCCAAAAUUCACCCCAAAAUCGCCCGAAAUCAGCCCAAAAUUGCACCGAAAUUCGUCAAAAAAUUCACCCGAAAUCAGACAAAAAAUAUUCAAAAAUUCAUCCAGAAUUCACCCCAAAAAUUCACCCAAAAUCAGCGCAAAAUUCACCCUAAAAUUAAUCAAAAAUUCAUCAGAAUUCACCCCAAAAUUCAUCAAAAGUCACCCCAAAACCAGCCCAAAAUAUCUCAAAAUCACCCCAAAAUUAACCCAAAAUUCAUCCAAAAAAUCACCUCAAAAUUCACUGAAAAUUGAUCAAAAUUCCGUCCAAAAUUCCCCAAAUUCACCCCAAAAAUCCACCAGGACCUCCCCAAAAUCCUCCCCAAGACCCCAAAAUCAGGGUCCCAAAAUUCGCCUUUUUUAGGGAAAAUUCCCCCAAAUUUUCCAUCCCUGGUGGGUCCCAAAAAAUCCUCAUUUUUGGAGCCCCAAAAUCAUCAAAUUUUUGGGGGAAAAUUCCCCAAAUUUCCCCUCCCUGGUGGGUCCAAAAAUCGCCUUUUUUUACCUUCCCCCCCCCCCUUUUUUCCCCUUUUUUAACUUUUUUUUGGUCCUUUUUUCCCCUUUUUUUCACUUUUUCUUGUUAUUUUUCCAUUUUUUCUAUUUUUUUAACAUUUUCCCCUUUUCUUGUCCUUUUUGCCCCAUUUUUUGCUUUUUGCCCCAUUUUUUUGCCUUUUUUCCCCCAUUUUCCCCCAUUUUCCCCAUUUUUCCCCAUUUUUUGUCUUUUUUCCCCAUUUUUCCCCAUUUUUUUGCCUUUUUUUCCCCAUUUUUUCCCAAUUUUUUUUGCCUUUUUCCCCCAUUUUUUCCAAUUUUUUCCCAUUUUCCCCCAUUUUUUUCUCCAUUUUUUCCCAUUUUUUCCCCUUUUUCCCAUUUUUUCCCAUUUUUCCCAUUUUUUCCCCUUUUUCCAUUUUUUCCCAUUUUUCCCAUUUUUUCCCAUUUUUUCCCAUUUUUCCCAUUUUUUGCCCCAUUUUGCCCCUCCCCCCCAACCCCCGGGGGGUCCCAGUGCCUUAAAGGGGGGGGGGCUGGGACCCCCGGGGUGCCCCCACCAGUACAGACCAGUAUAAACCAGUAUGGACCAGUACAAACCAGUAGGGACCAGUAUAAACCAGUCUGGACCAGUCUGGACCAGUAUAAACCAGUACGGACCAGUAUAAACCAGUAUAAACCAGUUUGGACCAGUCUGGACCAAUAUAAACCAGUAUAAACCAAUACAGACCAGUCUGGACCAGUACAGACCAGUAUGAACCAGUACGGACCAGCAUGGACCAGUUUGGACCAGUAUCCCCCAUUUCCCUGGACCAGUAGGACCAGUUUGGACCAGUUUGGACCAGUUUUGGACCAGUUUGGACCAGUUCCCUGCCUGAUACAGGACCAGUAACCCCAUUUCCCUGGAGCAAUCUGGACCAGUUUUGGACCAGUAAAUCCCAGUUUCCCUGGACCAGUUUGGACCAGUCCAGACCAGUUCACUGCCUGAUAUGGGACCAGUAUCCCCCAGUUACCCCAGACCAGUUUGGACCAGUAAUUCCCAGUUUCCCUGGAGCAAUCUGGACCAGUUUGGACCAGUAAAUCCCAGUUUCGUUGGACCAGUUUGGACCAGUAUCCCCCAUUUCCCUGGACCAAUCUGGACCAGUAAAUCCCAGUUCCCUGGACCAGUCUGGACCAGUUUGGACCAGUGUCCCCCAGUUUCAUCCCAGUUUGUCCCACUUUGGACCAGUAAAUCCCAGUUUGUCCCACUUUGGACCAGUAAAUCCCAGUUUGUCCCAGUUUGUCCCAGUUUGGACCAGUUUGGACCAGUUUCCCUGGUCCCCUUCGUCCCAGUUCAUCCCAGUCUGUCCCAGUCCAUUCCCACUGCCCUGGGGGGGGCUGGGAUCGUUGGGAGCCCCCCCGGCCCCGCCCCUUUCCCCAAGCCCCGCCCAUUCCAGCCCCUCCCACCCAAACCCCGCCCCCUGUCAGCUCAGACCACGCCCCCUCUCCGUCCUGGGCGUGGCCACGCCCAAUCAGCGAUCAAACCACGCCCCCGGCGCGGUGGCCACGCCCCGUCACUAAGCCCCGCCCCUCCAGGCCCAAGCCCCGCCCCCGGCCUGGAUCCGCCCCCCGCAUGCCAAUUUUUACGGGAAUUUCGCUGUUUCCAAUAAAAACCACGCGAGAAAA